AUGGUUAACAUUGAACCACGCCUCCAGGCGAAGGCGCCCUACUCGGUCGAGGUGCCUGGCCAGAAGCCUGUAGAGGGCGAGACUGCCAUCCGCCGCCUCCCAGGCUCCAUCCCCGAUUUAGUCGCGCCCGGCCCCAACAUCUCCACCGUCUACGAGCUCGUUCGCGCAUCCGUCGAGAAAUAUGGGAACGCAAAGUGCAUGGGCUCGCGGAAGCUCGUCCGCACCCACCAGGAGACCAAGAAGGUCAAGAAGGUCGUGGACGGAGAGGAGCGCGAGGUCGACAAGCAGUGGACCUACUUCGAGCUCAGCGGCUACGAGUACAAGACCUACUCCGAGUACGAGAAGCUCAUGCUGCAGAUCGGCUCCGGCCUGCGGAAGCUGGGUCUCGAGAAGGGGGACAGGGUCCACAUCUUCGCCGCCACAAGCUCAUACUGGCUGGCCCUGUCGCACGGCGCUGCCUCUCAGUCCAUGCCCAUCGUCACCGCAUACGACACCCUAGGAGAGGAGGGUUUGCGCCACUCCAUGGUUGCCACCAAGGCCAAGGCCAUCUUCCUCGACCCACACCUGCUGCCGACCCUGACAAACGUGCUCAAGGACGCGACCGAGAUCAGGCAUGUCAUCUGGAACAGCCAGAAUGAGCUCAAGAAGGAGCACGUUGAGAAGCUGAACGCCGCGUACCCCAACGUCAAGGUCAUAAGUUUUGACGACCUGAGGAAGUUGGGCGAGGAGAGCCCUGCCGAUCCAGUUCCGCCCGAGUCUGAGGACCUCUGCUGCAUCAUGUACACGUCAGGAUCUACCGGCACGCCCAAGGGUGUUCCGCUCAAGCACAGGAACGUGGUUGCCGCCGUUGCUGGAGUCAGUGUGGUUGUGCAACCUUUCAUCGGCCCAGGUGACGGCCUCUUGACCUACCUCCCGCUGGCACAUAUCCUGGAAUUCGUUUUCGAAAACGCUGCCCUGCACUGGGGCACAACGAUGGGCUACGGAAACCCCAAGACCCUCUCUGACGCUUCUGUGCGCAAGUGCAACGGUGACAUCCGCGAGUUCAAGCCCAGCGUCCUGGUCGGUGUGCCCGCUGUUUGGGAGAACGUCAAGAAGGGAAUUGUCGGCAAAGUUAACGGCGGAAGUCCCAUUGUCAAGAACCUCUUCUGGGGUGCGCUGUGGGCAAAGAGCACCCUGAUGAGCUACGGCCUGCCGGGCUCCGGCAUCUUGGACGCGGUGGUGUUCAAGAAGAUCAAGGAGGCCACAGGUGGCCGCUUGAAACUAUGCCUGAACGGAGGAGGCCCUGUCGCGAAGGACACGCAGCGUUUCAUCUCCAUGGCCAUUUGCCCCAUGAUCAUCGGCUAUGGCCUGACCGAGACGACAGCCAUGGGAACCCUUCAGAACCCCUUGGAGUGGACGUCAGAGAGUAUCGGCGCCAUGCCCGCGUCCGUCGAGGCCAAGCUGGUCGAUUUCCCUGAUGCCGGCUACCACGCCACCAACAAGCCUCACCCACAGGGCGAGGUCUGGCUGCGUGGACCCAGCAUCAUGGAGGGCUACUACCAGAACGACAAGGAGACCGCCGAGGCCUUGACCUCGGACGGCUGGUUCAAGACGGGCGACAUCGGCGAGUGGGACUCAAGGGGGCACCUUAAGCUGAUCGACCGCAAGAAGAACCUGAUCAAGACGCUCAACGGCGAGUACAUCGCCCUCGAGAAGCUCGAGUCGGUCUACCGCUCCGCCCACGUGGUCGCCAACAUCUGCGUCUUCGCCGACGACUCCAAGGCCAAGCCCGUUGCCAUCAUCGUGCCCGCGGAGCCGGCGUUGAAGAAGCUGGCGGCCGACAACGGGGUGGGGGGGUCGGUGCUCGAGGAGCUCGUUCACUCCAAGAAGCUGAACGGCGCAGUGCUGAAGGAGCUGCAGAAUGCCGGGCGUUCAGGCGGCCUGGCGGGUAUCGAGAUCAUUGAGGGCGUGGUCCUCAGUGACGAGGAGUGGACACCUCAAAACGGUCUGGUGACGGCGGCGCAGAAGCUGAACCGAAAGGGGAUCGUGAAGAAGUACCAGAAGGAGAUUAAUCAGGCGUACGGCUCGUCCAGCUAG